GGAGGAGGGAACUCGCAGUUGCAACUUCGAUUCUACAGGUAGGAGCAGAUUGAUUCCAAUCUAAUGUAGGACCAUGGGCUACAACGAAACAUUUCCACUUUCAAUUUGAAUGUAACAACUUAUGAUUUGCUAAAUGUAGGCUAUUUGAUUGGCAAAACUUUUUAUAAGCCUAUUCCUUUCAUAAAUAGACAUGCAUCCUUAGAUAUCAUUACAUUGUAAUACAAUGCUGUGAUCCUGUGUUUGCGUAUUUUUUAUAGGCCAAAGUUCAAAUGUAAUUUCAAUGUAGGCCUCUUUGAAAUGUACAAUACAAGUGUGCUAGAUCAAGAUGAAAUGACGUUCUAUGAGUGCUAUAUGGAGAAAUAUUGUUCGCCGUUUGGGAUUAUAAUAUAUAAGGCUGUAUUUUUAGGCCAAUAGUCUAAUAAUUACAACCCAAAUACAUUGUUUCCUUUCUGGAUUAUGGGCGAUUGACAGCUAGAUUGUUGAUUCUUACUCAUUCCAAACAAAUGUACAUAAGGAUUCCUGUAGGCUAUUAGACCUAACAGUGUAGGCUACAUUUAAUAUCAAACACGAUUUAGUUGAAUUUAUGAAGGGAACAUUUUAAUUUCGUGUAGAAUAUUGUUUUAUUACAGGAAAUAACUCUCUCUAAACCGAAUGAGAGAAAUGUGAUCGGUUCUUAAUUGCAGGGCAAGUGCUUGUUUGCUUAGAUUAAGAUGAAGUGGUUUUUGCUAAUCAACACUCGAUAGUCUCACCAACUAAAUCUAAUUACCGGGAGCUAUUAAUUAGGUGGAAAUCGCCCAGGGAGUGUCAAUAAUGUCGGCUCGAAUUACAAUUUUGGAACAGUUUCUCCAAGUUUCUAGUCAUUUUGCUAAAUUGCCGUUCACAUUUAAAUGUACAAUACAUUUAAAUGUAUAAGGGAUUUGGCCCUUUCAGCGGACACAUUCUAUAGAUAGAAUGUAAGAUGCUGUGGUAGUUUAAUUGCCUGAAUAUGUAGAGCGCUGGGUUUACAGUAUUGUCUCUUUUUUUGUCGCCAACGGCUCUUUUGUCAUCAGCAUUAUUUAUCUGGUCAACAGUGGGCUUUGUCUUUGCAAAUGGCCCCCAAUCAUGCCGUCUAUACUGGAGACAAUUAGCUGAUGCUAACCUGUGGGUACUAUGCUAAUAGCCGCCUUGCCUUGUUGGGGCCCAAUGUGUGUCCGCAUUUUAACGACAAUGUUUUUGUUCUCGGAGAAGGCGUGCUGAAAUGAUGGGAUGUUUUUGGUGCUGGUGGGACGUGGUGGGGGUGGUGGCGGUGUGUGUGUGUGUGUGUGUGUGUGUGUGUGUGUGUGUGUGUGUGUGUGAGGGGUGGGAGGUAGUAGGUGGCGCAAACGUUUGUGAGACAGACAGAGGAUCCUCAGUCCACAAGGACAGCUGGGGGUCUCCGAUCUGCUUUAAGAGCGCUGGCGGUGCAGGACGACGCUCAUUUUUUAAAUUCACCACGCUGCGUAAAGAGCGCGUAACGUCUCCAAAGAAUAACCAAGGACUUAUCCUCUAACCAAAAUCUCUCUCUUUCCUGUUGUGUUCUGUUCAGGUUUCGGACAGAAUUGAGAAGAAUCCAACACCUGAGGACUAAAAUAAAAAAGGGUAUUUUUCAACGCCUUUUCGUUUUCAAAAUUCUCUGCAACUUCGCCCUUCGAUCGGAGGCAAGAAUGAUGUCUUAUCUGAAGCAGCCGCAGUACACAGUCAACGGUCUGAGUUUAUCUGCCUCCGGAAUGGACAUGCUCCAUCCGUCUAUCGGCUAUCCAGGUGAGGGCAUGGAAGACUUCACAUUUCUUACACAAAUAACCAUAAAAUAAUGAAAUGACCUCAAAUGGCUUAGGCCUAUUGCAUAGCUAACGAAAUUAUGAUUAAAUGAACUGAUAACGAUAAACUAAAAACAGGUAAAUAAAUAAACUAAUGUAGACUUGGAAUUAUCAUUUAUUAGAAAAGUUGUGUUUUCGAUAUGAUUUGCCUAUAAUCAAUCAUGUCCAUUGGCUUUAUAAACAUUCUCAUCUUGCUUAUGUCUAUAGUGAAUUAUCUAAACUACCAGGGGGAAAUGUUGUACAUUAAACUCAAUAAUAUUAUUCUGGUCCUCGUGGGGUGUACUACAUGUCAAUUAUUAAUUAUCCUAAACAAACAAGAAUCAUGUCUUGGAAACGUUUGCAAAUUGAGAUCUGAGCAAGGGAAAAUAUUCCCUGUCUGAAAUAUCAACCGAAAAACGAUUUAUCCAUCUUAACAUAGCCUAAUUGCUCAUGAUCAAAGUUGCAACUUUAGGCCUAUCGACAAGCCACAUUGAUUAGCCCAUGUAGGAUAAAACAAAAUGUAUCUCCUAAAGAAAUAACAUUUUUGCAUUUGUAAAGUAGGCUACUUAAUGUUGACUUAACGACCAGACCUUUUCUCAUACAGGCGCCCCUCGUAAACAGAGGCGCGAGAGGACGACCUUUACGCGCGCCCAGCUGGACAUUCUGGAGAACUUGUUCGCCAAGACGCGCUACCCAGACAUCUUUAUGCGCGAGGAGGUGGCCCUGAAGAUCAAUUUACCUGAGUCUCGUGUUCAGGUGAGUCCCUCGGCUUUUGAAUAAACACACGCGUCCAUCCGGGUUUUGAGUCAAGGCCACUUACACAGCUCAUUAAUUUGGGCUUGAGAAGUCAAGCACCCAGACGCCACUUCAGACUGUGUCUUCUCCACUCUGUUAAUUGGAUGGAGUGUUCAUCCCCCAGUGGACAGCCCUACCAGAUCCUCUUUUGCAUCCACUAUAGCUGACUGUAUUGCACAGUAAUAAAACAUGAAUAAAACGCUACAACACAUUUUAUAGCGUUCAUGGGGUGAUAAAUAAACUGACUGAGCAUCCUCUCCAUUUUAUUAUCGAUUACGACAAUUCAACACAUUAAUUAUUCUUCCAGGUAUGGUUUAAAAACCGAAGGGCGAAGUGUCGCCAGCAGGCACAACAGUCCCAGAGCGGCGCGCAGAGCAAGACCAAACCCGUCAAAAAGAGAAGUUCCCCUAUGAGAGAAGCCAGCUCCGAGAGCGGUGCCAGCGGCCAGUUCACACCGCCCCCCAGCACCUCAAUCCCGCCCGUAAGCAGCAGUACUGCCCCGGUGUCCAUCUGGAGCCCGGCCUCCAUCUCCCCUCUCUCUGACCCACUCUCUACCUCCUCCUCCUCUUGUAUGCAACGGUCCUACCCGAUGACAUAUACCCAGGCGUCCGGAUACAGCCAAGGCUACACCGGAUCCUCAUCGUAUUUCAGCGGGAUGGACUGCGGAUCUUACUUGGCGCCUAUGCACCACCAGCUCUCUGCGGCGGGCUCCACCAUGAGCCCCAUGGGCAGCAACGGGGUCUCCAGCCACCUGAGCCCAGCUUCGUCCCUCUCCACGCCAGGGUAUGGGGCAGCGGGACUGAGCUUCAGUGGUCCCACAGACUGCCUGGAUUACAAGGACCAGGCCGCAGCCUGGAAACUCAACUUCAACACGGACUGUUUGGAUUAUAAAGACCAGUCCUCGUGGAAAUUUCAGGUGUUGUGAGAAGAAUGAGUGAGUGACAUUAUAUUUUCACAACGUGGUGAAAUAAACGUCAGUCAAUCCGGUGGGCCAGCCAGGUUGGCAGCGAGUGAGUUGGCGAAAGGCAUCGUUUUCCAAUGGCUGGGCCUGGGCAUCAAACUAUUACCCCGAACAGCAGCAGUGUGAGAGGAGGGGAGCUGCCGCUCCGUCUGUCUGACAGCGUCACAACCGUUGGGUUGACUUAUUGAAAAUUCAGUGAACUCUCUUUAACUUUGAUCAAGGACAUGGAACAAAAUUGUUACCCAAGAAGAAAAUGAUCAAGAGAAGCUGCAACCCUUGGUUAAGCGCGUGGAAUGGGUCAGCUUUCCAUAAGCUUCUUACAACUCCCCUCUCCUCUUGGUUGGCAAACUAAAGGGGCCCUUUGAUCAAAGCAUUGCGUGCGUGCGUGUGUGAGUGCGUGUGUGCGCGCCUCUGAGGCGAACCUGGAUGCACUAUUUAAUUUAUGAAAAAUGUUUAAGACACUAGUUCUAACAGACAAUCAACCAGUAUGCGUGUGCUCAUAAAUGUCCCCCUAAGUGUUUUGAAUUUUCUAUCUGUGUUAGCUUUUUGAGACUGUGAUUCCUUGUAUGCAAUUCCGAGUUUCGCAUUUGCGAUCACCCAGCUGUGAAUUGAAUAGUUACAACAACAAAAAAUAUGUUUAAGUAUGAUAAAUUAUUACGAUGAAAUAUUAGUUGAAAUAGGGAGUUCUCAAACAGUGUGUGUGGCCGAGUCAAUGAGCAGCAAAGGUGCCUGAAACAUCAGUAUCCAUCAAUGACCAAACUGGUUGUUAUGCCAAACUGCUAUGAAAAGGCUAAACACAAAAAUAAAGAACGUUUGAACUGA